AUGGCUGCAUGUGUCGUUCCCGACUACCCCGUACUGAUGACGACUCCAACGGAUUCAUACUUCGACUCUUUUGAAAUUCUCACGAAUGCAAGCUUGCUGGACAGGUCUUCUGGAUUAUAUUACUACGAUAUGAUCUACGGUAGUGAUCCUGGGUCUAUGCCCCGAAAUCAGGUCGUAGAGGAAUUCUGCUCCACGGCUGCCAGCCCAGCCUCCAACACCUCAAACGCUACUCAGGCACCGCAGAACACAGGCUCGGCUCCCAAUUCAAACAAACUCUCUGGUGCAGCGAUUGCGGGCAUCGCGGUUGGAUGCGUUGCUAUUCUCGAUGCUCUUGCUGGGAUUAUAUCCUGGUUGCUGGUCAGAAGGAAGAAAGACGCCGAUGAGACUGGUUUGAAUGGAGCAGCAUCCUUUAGCCUGAUGGGAAUGCAAGAUAAUCCGGAUACUACGAGCAGUUCCAAUCAUGUUUCCCAGGAUAUGUAUAACAAGCCGGAGUUGUACGGCAGGCCGGUUCGUUUUUCAAGCCCCGCGGUGUGGGCGCAAGAGUUACCAACAUAA